UAGUUUGUCUCCUUUUGCCCUUUUUCAGACUACCAUCCGAUUCAUCAACUUGCUCAGGUUCAUGUUCAUAAAAGAAAGGGUUCAAUAAAGAGGCUGAAAACAUUAAAUAAAGCAAAUAGUAGCGUGAAACAAGUUCAAUCACUUACAGAGACCGAAUCAUCUGCCUUCACUNCAUCCGAUUCAUCAACUUGCUCAGGUUCAUGUUCAUAA